UUUAAAUAUCAAAUUGACAUUUUAUUUUUACUUGUCUAUAUUUUAUCACCAUACUAUUUUAUAUUGUUAUUUAAUACCAUAUUAUUUAACAAAUUCUCGUCAAAAUGGCUACAGGAGGUUCAAAUAUGGAGACGUGUCCUAACAUAUGUCCGGGAAUAAAAGAAGCAGAUCAGGAAGAAAAGAGUUAUUUACAAGCGGGUAUGUCACGAGGUCCCGAGAAUCCCUAUGCAUCGCCCUACGUCCCAGGACUUAUACAGCCUCCAGAGAAGAAGGUCUAUCCUCCGGGAGCUCCACCAAGGUAUCUUCCACAACCUACAGAUAGCACUAGUGGUGACAUCCUAGGAAUGGGUCCUAUAGGUCCCUGGGCAGCAGGCCAUUUGGAUUACCCUCAGGCUGGCAUGACUGGCGUGAGACCUGUAGUCGAUAAGUAUUCAAUCACAAGAUACUCCACUGGUGAAUGGAGAAAAUUCAAUGAAUACGUUCUGACUCCGCGAGCCACUGACAAAGCUAAGGCUUUAGAGAUCAACACCAAACGUGAUAUCGAGAAUGCCUUCAAAGCUAUGGAUGAGAAGCAAGUUGAUACCAACGAAAAGAUGGAUCAAAGAGUAAAAGAUUUGGCGCAUUGGAAGAAGGAAGUCGAAAAGACUCUUAAAGCUAUCGCGGAGGAGAUCAAUACCCUGGAUGAGGACAGAGCUAGACUAAAAGGCGCCUGCAGAAUCCUCAUGCUGCCUGAAGCAAUAUCUAGAGAAUGUCUAGAAAUGCGGACGAAUAGAUAUGAGCCAGAUUUGGUAAGAGAUGACGCGGAACAGGAGUUGAUCAAAGAAGUAGCCAUCGUUGGUGAGAUAAGACGAGUAUUUCUGAAUACUUUGGCGAAAGUCGAGGAGCAAAUGGCAAUGAAUAAAGCGGCCAAAUCGAGUUUAGAAUUUGAUUGGAGCGAUAAAAUGGUUUCUCUAAAAUUAGACAAACAAAAUUUAAGUCUUACGCCAGUUUCCAAUUUGGUUCUAUGGCAUCCAGGAGUGGCCAGGUGGCCUGAGAACGCCGUCAAUCAGCAAUAUUGGGAACAUUUUUGCAGUGAGAGUAUUAGGAACUGCGAGGACGUCAGGAAGAAGUCGGUUGAGCUGCGCGGAGACUUGAUGGCAAUUAUCACCAAAGGAGGGCAGGACAUGAAAACCCAAGCUGAUCGAACGAACGCCGCUUUAGCAGAAACCGUCGCUGCGACAGAAGAAUUGUGCGAAAAACUAGAAGAAACCUUAAAAGACAAUCUCAAAAAGAUAGCAGAUAUUGAGAACCUGAUUGACUACCUCAAAGAAUCGUUGCGGAAAGUUGACGAUCGGAACAAAUUAGUGAUGACCAGGCUUCAUACGAGGAAUUAUGAACGACCGGGCGUUGAGAAUUAGGACCAAGCUCAGUAUGGCUUGAUGGGGGAGUCCAAGUUUAUACGAGAAACGAGCGAGUCGCUGGCAGACAAGAUGCGACAGGCAGAAACCGUGAGGUCAGAGCUGAUGAAGUACAGAGGAGAUUUGGAGAAGCAGAUCGCUUGCAAAAGGAAGAGCCUGAAUAUAGACGAGGAUCGGUGCGCGAGGGUAAGAGCGCACAUGCCUUCUCCUGAGGAGUUUGCGGCUGGAUAAAUAAAUACAUUAAAUUCUCGUCGUUCAA